AUGCCCGUUGGCACAGUGUGUCGAUGUGGCACCGUGAUCACCGGCAACGCCAGCGUGUCGCCUUCUCUCAACGAGCGCGUCUGUCCGCAAUGUGGCGCGUACGAGUCCCAGCACGGAGCGCCGAAGCCCCGGCACCUCUUCCAGGGCGCAGUUACCCCCUGCGCGGUGUGCUGGGAGGUCAUAGAGUUCUACGCGAAGGACAAGGGUCACUGGCAGGGCCAGCCUUCGUCGUGUCUGCCGGGUCGACCACAGAUCUGUAAAGCCUGUGGUCACUACGACAAGAAGGGCGAGCUUCGGCCACUCCGUGUCGUGAACCAACGCCGCAAGCGAAAUGGACUGAUGCUGCUGACAGCGUCGCCGGCCAGCUUGUUUCCUCCCCCUCUUGCCGCUGACCCCACCGGCUAUGUGCGACCCGCUGUCGCGACUGGCGCCGCCCUGCUUGCCUCUCUUGCCGUCGACUCGGUCUCGGCUGCUCCAGCUGCGCCGUCACCGCCGCCCUCGGUGCCGAGGAGGCAGACAUCUCGCUCCGCUCGCAGCCGCUCAUCUUCCUCUUCCCCGGUGCCGAACUCGAUGGUGCCACACUGGCAGCUAGGCCGCUGCUUGCGACAACUGCGGGGACACAGAGUUCCUCGUGAACGGGGGAAUCUGUCGGGCCUGCGACGACUACGAGGUCAAUGCAUGGUGUGCAAGGAGCACAAGCGUCUCGUCAGUCGCAACCGGCCAUGCGACGACUGCUACCAAGACGAGCUCAGCAGGUUCGACCGCCCGAAGCCGCAGGCGUGUGCAGGGUGUGGUCGGAAGGAUAAGGUAUCGAAGUCGACGGGACGGUGCUUGGCCUUCGAUGGCAAGGGCGGCUUCACGUUAGUACAUCGCCAAGCUUCCCUUCGUCCGGCUGCCCGAUGUACCGCCAGUUCCACCGGGCACAGUGUGCAGGUGUGGGCACGUCAUCCCCGGACGCAGUUCGAUCUCGCCAGCGCUUGGGAUCCGGGUCUGCAAGCCCUGUGGCGUGUACGAGGCGCAAAACGGCAUCCCCAAACCCCCUCAUCUCUUAAGGGGGUGAUACCGACGUGCUCUAACUGUGGCGGCGACAUCGAGCGCAACAAGCGCGUCAAGGAUCAUGGACAUUACCAGGGCGACCGGUCCAAGUUCCUCCCUGGCCGUCCCCAGGUUUGCCGACGCUGCGGGCAGUACGAGCGUGACAGGGGCAAGCUUCGUCCGCUGCGUGUCAUCAACGACUACAACGGGCAGAGUGGCAUCCCGCUCGUGGCGGCUUCGCCCGUCAUGUUCCAUUCUCCCGUUGUCGUUGUCGCCGCUGUUCCCCCCGCUGCUGCAAUCCCUGCUGCCCACCGUAGCGACCUCCACAUCGUCUUCGGCCGACAGGCAGCCGCCUCCGACCGCGCGGCCCACAAUCCUGAACAUGUUCCAGCCAUUGUCCAAGCCGAAGUCAAAGUUGCGGCAGCCAAUUCGCAGCUCGGUCAAGCGGCACAAGCCUACGAAGCGAAACGCAGUGGCACUGCCGUCCGCGCCGCAGCCGAAGCGUGCUCGCACAACGACAAAGUCGGCAGCAACCUCCACCUCAACGCGGCGGCACACCUCAACUUCCGUCGAAACACUCCGUUUGGUCCACCCUCGUUCGCUGCCCAUAGCGAGGAAGCGCAAAAUCCCGCCGUCAAGCGCGACCUCUCGAACGCCCCGCGGUUCCACUGGCACUGCCGCCACUCCCUUCAAGAGGCGCUGCACGUCGUCGCCCAGGAUCUCCGCAGGCACAGCAAGACCACCGCUGCGUUUAGGAGAAUCUCCCUCACCGAGACCACCUUCUCCCGAGUCCCCGGCUUACACUCGGCGUCGCGUUUGCUCCCCCGUUGA